AUGACACCCAGCUUGCUUCAAGAUCGGGCUGAAGUCGGCAGCAGUGCCAAGUUGGCUGUGACUCAUAGCAGCGACCGAAUAGCUGUGGUGGGAGGUUCCACCAUGGAUUGCGAUGGCAUUGCAGUGAGGGACAUCAAAGUCAACCUUAAUCACAACUUGAUUGAAACUCUCAUUGGCUCUAACUACACCAAAUGGCGAGAAGAUGUAGAAAUUGCUCUAGGUCUGCUGGAUUAUGAGAUGGUCAUUGAAGAAGAAGCUCCUGCAGAACCUCCUGCCAAUGCAUCUGCUGAAGCAAAGGCAAACAAAAUGGCUAUUCUAAUAAUGAGAAGGUCAAUUUCACCAUUUGUCAGGGGAAGCAUUACACCAUCUGAUAAUCCUAAGAAGUUUAUUGAUUCUAUUGGGGAGAAGUAUCAGGAAUUAGAAAAGGUUGAGAUUGGAACUCUAGUGGGACAACUCACUAAUGCAAAAUACAAUGGGGGAAGAUGUGUAAGAACACACAUACUGAACAUGCUGGAAAUUGGGAACAAACUGAAGGCACUCAAAGUAAAUGUGGAUGAGACCAUGAUGGUGCAUUUUGCUAUAAACUCUCUGCCUAGUACUUUUAAGCAUCUUAGAAGCACAUAUGUAGCUCAAAAUGAGAAGUGGACAAUAACUGAUCUCAUAAGCAUUUGUGUGCAGGAAGAACAAAAUAUGAAGAAAAAUAAGGCUGAAGAAAAGAUUAAUAUGAUUCAGAGCUUCAAAAGGGAUUUUGGAAAAGGCAAAACUGCUGGAAAGAAAAAAAAGGAAGAAAAGGAAACUAAGGGACUGAAACUAGAAGGACUCAAGUGUUAUUUUUGCAAGAAGUUUGGUCAUAUGAAGAGGAAUUGUGACAAGUACAAGCAUUGGUUGGACAAGUAA